ACGGAAGCCUGGGUUCCGAGGUGUCGGUGUCCCACUGGGCCUCAGGCGUCGACGAGUCGGGGAGUCCCAGGCGCGAUUUCCUGGCCUGAACGAGGGGUCGCCCGAAGUGCGAGAUGCAAGUGGGGAAGCUUCCCCAUUGGCUCAUGGGAUCUACCCCUUCCGGAGCCCUCCCCCUGCCCUGCUGCUCUGUGACAGGGGACAUUCCUCAGGAGGCCAAGGGUCACCACAGCACCAUGACUGAGUCUGGCAAGCCCAUCCUCUAUUCCUAUUUCCGAAGCUCGUGCUCCUGGAGAGUUCGAAUCGCUCUGGCCUUGAAGAGCAUCGACUAUGAAACAGUGCCCAUCAACCUCAUAAAGGAUGGGGGCCAGCAGUUCUCCAAAGAAUUCCAGGCACUUAACCCCAUGAAACAGGUGCCAGCCCUGAAGAUCGAUGGCAUCACCAUUGGCCAGUCGCUGGCCAUCAUCGAGUACCUGGAGGAGACUCGGCCCACUCCGCGGCUCCUGCCUCAGGACCCAAAGAAGAGGGUCCUUGUGCGCAUGAUUUCCGACCUCAUCGCUGGCGGCAUCCAGCCCCUGCAGAACCUGUCUAUCCUGAAGCAAGUAGGACAGGAGAACCAGCUGGCCUGGGCCCAGAAGGCCAUCAGUUCUGGCUUUAACGCCUUGGAGCAGAUCCUGCAGAGCACAGCGGGGAAAUACUGUGUGGGAGACGAGGUGUCCAUGGCGGACCUCUGCUUAGUGCCUCAGGUGGCAAAUGCUGAAAGGUACAAGGUGGAUCUCACUCCCUACCCUACCAUCAGUCGUAUCAACAAAGCACUGCUGGCCUUGGAGGCCUUCCAAGUGUCUCACCCCUGCCGGCAGCCAGACACGCCCCCGGAGCUGAGGGCCUAGCUCUCAAACCACGCCCACUGGUGCAGGAGCAGAAGCUGGGUGGGCUGAACAGGCCUGGAAAUGAGCAAGCCCUAACUGGAGAAGCAGAAGACUUGCACUCCUAUCCCUUGAACUGUAGCUGUGGAUCUGCCUUAACACAACCUCGUUCUGCCUUCAUCCCCUCAUCUGUCAAAUGCAGUCAGAAUGGGAAGGGAGGAUGCUGGGAGAGAGGGAGGGAGGAACAUUGCCUGCUCCCUAAGUCAUGGUACAGUCAUUAAGGUGAAGUGAGAAUGCAGACCAAACUGCCUGUCCAGUUUACCGGAGAGCCAUAGGAAGUCUGUGUGCCGCCUCCCAAGCCCUCUACUGUAGCUGACUCCAAAGAAUGCCCACCCUGCAAUUUGAUCAUUAAACUGAAGCCCAGGCCUCUUGGUUGUUCAUUAAGACUGAGAUGUUCAGGUUUUGGUUAAGGCAGUUCCCGAAGAUGAACAUUCUUUCUAGCUGGAAUUCUCAUGCCUAGACCAGGAGAGGAAGUCACCAGCCCCUUGCCCACCCUGUGGCCCCUGGUACCUAAGCCCAAAAGAUUGCCUGAGAGAGUCAGACAAGAUCCAGAGGAGAAGAGAUAUAAGAAGCAGGAAAGCCCGGCCAGCAUGGUUCAGUGGUUGAUUGUCGGCCUAUGAACCAGGAGGUUAUGGUUCGAUUCCCGGUCAGGGCACAUGCCCAAGGUUGCGGGCUUGAUCCCCAGUUGAGGGCAGGAGGCAGCCGAUCAAUGGUCCUCUCUCAUCAUUGAUGUUCCUCUCUUUCCCUCUCCAUUCCUCUCUGAAAUAAACAAAAAUAUCUACACUAA